CCUAAGACAUCAGAUCGACCAUCUAUGUCUAGCCAUCUACAUUCAUCCAAGACAGCUAGACGACCCCCACCUUCUUAUGACUAUAUCACUCAUAUAAUAAAACAAGAAAUAAGAGGUGUUGAAGAGAGGCUCCGAGGCGAGAUGUCAGAUCGCUUCGAUCGAGUAGAAAGGAAAAUUGAUUUAUUUCUCCAAUUGGCUGGACAAGGUGGAGUUCAGUCGGAAAGAAGCAAAUUUGAUGAUCGUGCUUUUAGUAAAGGCAAUCAACAGAACAAAGAGACAAGAGAGCGAGAUGAGGUAAUUAUUGAAGAAUGCUUUCAUGAAGAAGUCACACCGAAUAAGCAAUCUGAGGCUUUUCCUACAUAUGAUGAUGGAUUUCUGCCAGAUCCUUCAUCUGCUAUAGUUUUGUACCAACAACGGCCUUUAGUCUGGACUGAAGAGACCUUUCGAACCGAGGAAGCUCGACAAGAUGAUGUCACAGAGAAGGUGGCUAGGACAAAAGAGGAUUCAAACAUAUCUAACAAAGAUGAUUAUGAGAAGCCUUCGACAUCUUCGCAUGUUUGCCAACCUAGUAAUGAAAUCAUUGUCAUCGAGGAUCCGAAUUCUGAAUUGCCUGUAGGAAGGGGGCAUCGAGUUAAAAGAAGAGCAGCCUUGCUGCUUUCUCCAUACACUAAUCCCUUAAAGAGGAGAAAAUUGUUGAACAUUCAAGCAUAUGACCCUUUAAGGGAAGUAGAUCCUGCAAAAGUUGAAGACCUCAACAAGUGGUUGGCAAAUGCAUCCACAAGUGAUACAGUAACCUUGGCUAUCUGUGAAGUGCGAAGGAAAUUCUUUGAUGAACUAUUGAAAGAUGACGGGUGGCUUAUCGAUGAUCAUAUCGACUCGGCCUUAUACCACAUUAGGGAAAGGGCAGUGACAUAUCCACAUAUAUUUCAGCAAGAUUGUGCUAUAUUGGAUUGUUAUUUUUGGCAACUUGUGAAAAAAGCCUACCUAAAAAUGGGUGCACGUAAAAAGAAAAAUGGUAACUAUGUAUUUGACCAAGAGCUCGUCGAUUAUGUUGAAGGGGCUUCACCGGUGCUCGGUAAACACUGGAGUAACUGUAAAUUUUUGUAUGUUCCUUACUGUGUACCGGGUUCUCAUUGGUUUGCACUGAAGAUUGAUUUGACGGAGCGAACUAUUUACAUUUACGAUAGUUUGCCAAAACACAUCCGCGCUGCUCAGCUGGCCGAAUGCAUGAAACCUAUUCAAGUGGUAAUUCCCUUGUUGAUAAAGGAACACAUAGCGCGUGAAGAAAAAUUCAGCACCAGCAUGUUUCGUUAUCAGAGGGUUGUAGUUCCUGAACAAACAAACGGGUCUGAUUGUGGGCUUUUCACAGUGAAAUUCAUUGAGUUUUUACAAGCUCAAUUGAAUAUGGAUUUGAUUCGUCCGGAAUAUAUGUCUAUUUGGAGGAACAAAUUAGCUGCAGAGAUAUUUGCAUGGCACUUUGAUCCGUAGAUUUAGUGAAUGUUUUGAAGUUAUUUUUGUAUUUAGACCUUGGAGAUUGAUUUUGCAACCUAGUAAAUCCUUCAAGUUGAAUGUUAAUUGAAGUGACAGCUUUUAUGUCUUUCAUUUAAAUGUGCUUAUGCAUUUCUAUGAAAAUGGUAAUUUGG